CAGAGUUAGGGGAGGGCUGAGGGAGGAUAGUCCCAGUGGCAGUGGGCAGCACCAGGACAGAGGCACUGUGCGUGGGUGAGAGCGAUUAAACCAGCAGCAGCUACUUCUUGUUUUCCCCAGCCGUGGUCUCUGUGCGGAUCAGGAAAAGGAAAGGUCUUCAGAGGAUACUGGCCAAAAUGCCCAGUCUUAAUGAAUUAGUAGAUAUGGAGGUGCUUACGGCAUAUGCCAGAUAUGCGGUCAUCCUCAUCGUAAAAAUGAUGCUGAUGAGCAGCAUAACAGCAUUCUUUAGGAUGAAGAAAAAGGCGUUUUCUAACCCUGAAGAUGCAGCAUCAGUUGCUAAAGGAGAGAAUGCCAAAAAAUAUUUGAGGACUGAUCCAGAUGUGGAGCGCGUGCGCAGGAUCCAUCUCAACGACCUUGAGAAUAUCAUCCCAUUCCUUUUCAUUGGGUUCUUCUAUGCUUUCAGUGGUGUUUCCCUCUCCAUAGCCUUGAUGCAUUAUAGAAUCUUUCUUGGGUCUAGGAUCUUCCAUACCAUCGCCUACUUGGUACCCCUUCCCCAGCCCUGCAGGGGAUUGGCUUGGACAGCUGGUUAUUUUGUUACUUUUUCAAUGAUAUUCAAGCUUGUGCUACUUGGUCUGAAUUUGUAAUAGAAAAGAAAACUGCUGUUGUUAGGCCACUGUAAAUGCUACCCCAUAGUAGUUUUUAAAAAUUUGCCUUCAGGAAACCCUCCUUUGCCUGCCACAGAAUUUCCAAAUGCAUGGCAGCACAUCAUGGGGCAUGCUCUAGGACAGGAGUGGGGAGCCAAAUGUUGUUGGACUGCAGCUCCUAUCAUCCCUGAUCGCUGGCCAUGCUGGCUAGGGCUGAUGGGAGUUUGAAUCCACUGGAGGGCACCAAGUUCUACGCCCCUGUUCUAGGGACCAUGCUUAGUUCACAUGAGAUGCUGGUCAACCAUAUUGGAUCUCACCAUUGCCCACUUGAACUGAGAACGUGACCCAGACCACAUUCACACUGUACAUUUAUUCCACUAUUAUUCCACUUUAAACAGUCAUGGUUUGCCCCAAAGAAUCCUGGGAAAUGUAAUUUGUGAAAGGUGCUGGAAGUUGUUAGGAAAGCCAUAUUUCCCUUACAAACCUGCAGCUCCCAGAGUUCUCUGGGAAGAGGGACUGAUUGUUAAACCACUUGGAAUUGUAGCUCUGUGAGGAGAAUAGGGGUCUCCUAGCAACUCUCAGCACUCUUCACAAACUACACUUCCCAGGAUUCUUUGGGGGAAACCAUGACUGGUUAAAGUGUAAUAAUAGUGGAAUAAAUGUACAGUGUGAAUGUGGCCCCAGAACAAACCCUGAUACUCUCCUGCAGCUGUGCAUUCCAGGGGAAGAUUAAUCGGCGGUGGGUAAACAGUUUCCCAGGGAAAUGUGCCUGCCCUCCGCAUUGAAAGACCAUAGCUGAAGUGGUAGAGCACAUGUCUUGCACGAAGAAGGUCCCAUGUUCAAUACUAAAAGGGAUCAGCAAGCAGGCAAGGGGUAAAGACCUCUGUCUGAGAUCCUGGAGGAAAAAACUGCUAGUUCCAGUAUGCAAAACUGGGCUGAAAUCUAUGAGCCAAUGGUAUGAGCCAAUCUAAGGCAGCUUCAGAAGACCUGGACAAGCUGCUUCAGAAUUCAGUUUUAAUCCACUGCUGUACCAAACUUUUCAAGUGCUCUUCUGUAUGACUUACACCCUGUGUUGGGCAUUAAAGCUCCAUGACUAUUCUCUGCUUUUGCUGGUGUUGCUAUCAGUACUUCACAUUUAGUGAGCACCAGUACAGAAAGAUGUAGAAAGCUGCCUUCUACUUAGCUCAGCAUUGUCUGAGUAGUGGGGAGCCUGGGACCCCCGGAUGUUGCUGGACUAUAGCUCCCAUCAUCCCUGACAGUUGAUCAUUCUGGCUGGGGCUGAUGGGAGUUGGGACUCCAAUGACGUCUGGAGUGCCACAGGUUCCCCAUCCUUGGUCUGCACUGAUUAGCAGCUGCUCUCCAGGGUUUCUCAUACAAGAGUCUUUCCUAGUACUAGCUGGAGAUGCCAGGGAUUGAAACUGGGACCUUCUGCAUGCAAAGCAUGUGCUCUGCCACUCAGCUACACCCCUCCUCCAACAUGAUCUUUGUUCAGACCAAUCAAGACGUUGUUCACCAUUGCCUCUUCAUCAUUUGCAUGAUCACUGUUUUGGUAAGCCUAUUGUUGUGCGUACUGUUUUCCAUAUUAAAAGUUAGGGGUUAUUACCCAUGAUAGGUAGGUGGACUUACACGUAAAGAGGCAAACCUACAUGUACUUUGGAAUACCAGAAGCUAGAGGCUAGCAAUAAGGGAUGGCCAGCACUUUUGUGCCCUUCUUGUGAAUUUCUAGAUGCCUUUGGUUGGCCACUGUUGCAACAGAACCAAGGGCUAGAUAGGUCUUUGGUCUGACUCAGCAAAGCUGUUUUUAAGUUUGUUCACGUAGCUGAAUUUUCCUUGUAGUGGCCAUAUUUUGGAUGGUGGUGGCCUUGUUUCCCCCUGCAUAGAAUUGAUAAUACAGCUCCCUUCAUCCCUAACUACUGGCCACAUUGGCUGGGGUUCAUGGGAGUUUGCGUCCCCUGGAGGGCAUCAGGUUCUCCACCCCUGUUUUGGAGAUCUUGCUCAGUUCACAUGAGAUGCAAAGGAGUCUCCAGAAAUUGGGCUGUUUACAGGGGGGGGGGGAAAUGGCCACUGCCACAAAAUUUAGUAGCAACCAUGUUUUUUCCACACACAGUUGACAGUUGACUCCACUUCCUGGACAUUGUGUAGAGCAGGUUUCCACAUGAUACCCUCCAGAUGUUUAGAAUUAAAACUCCCAUCAGCUCCAGCCAGCAUGGUCAAGGAUGAUGGGAGUUGUCGGUGAACAACAUCUAGAAGACCUCAAGUCUAGGAAGGCUAGCGUAGAGGAGGAGAAAUGGCCGGCCAUCAGAAGCUGCCAGCCACACGACUAGUGUAAGUCCUCCAUGAAUCCUAGGAUAGCUCACCCUCACAGGAGCAAGGACCUUCUCAGCCCUGAAACCAGUCCUGCUGCAAAUCAUGGUGGGACACUCAUGUUUUCUCAGUUGCAAAUCAUUUUCUGUCUUCAUUUCUGGGAAAAUACAGUGUCUCUGUAACAAAUGCACAGAAGUGAAGUAUGAUAUGCGAACUAGAUGUAACAACAAAUGAGAAACAAAUAGCCACUUGCUAAGCAAUAAACUCAUAAGAGUGGGUAGGUCCUGGGAUCCUUUGAUUAUAAGAUCUUGACAGGUAAACAUGGUACCUGGUGGAUGCCAGUCAUGGUCUCAGUUACAGAUCUGUCACCCUCACUUCACCUCACUCCUUUGUUACAGGCAUCUAGCAAAGCUCCAGCCCAUGCUUGUUGAGCGCAUUAUACCCAUGUUAAUGGACGCACAUCAAACCUAUUUUAUGAGCUCUGACUCUGUAGAUCUACACCUUGAGGUCAUCACAAAAUGUCAUACUGGUGGUUAUAAACCAGUAAAAAGACUUUGCCCAUAAAGUUGCAUGUUUUGAGAGGCUUACCAACAUUCCUUGAACAUCAGUCAGCAUUCCAAAUAAUGUCAUAAUAUUAGCUGCAAUGCUGCCAUGUUCUUUCAGGCAAUUUUUCCUUACAGUAUAUGGUAGCUAGUUCUGGGUAUUUGCAAACAACUUUUUGUUUUGCUCCUGAAGAUUAUCUUUCUCCUCAUCUCUCCUGCACAUACUGUCUCACCUCCAAAUGAUUGGAAUCUCGUACAAGCUUUCAGAUUUUUUAAUGUGCAACAGCUCACUAUUGAUGACAUGUAUGUGUGGUAAUUUUCUACAGAUGCUGUUUUGGGAUGUAUGUUUUUGAAGCAUAAAUAAUAAAGACAACAGCAGAAAAGAAAA